CAGCUUCAUUGCACCGAUCCUACAGCCUUGCCCUGUCUCUCCUGACCCUCGACUGUCUAUAGCUGCAAGUCUCUGUUCGUAGCCAUUUAUCUAUAUCCAAAGCCACUCAUACAUUUAAAGCUUCGCGAAAGCCUAGUCAUUUAAUACAAUGGGAAAUCAACCAUCCCAGAUGGGCGGUGGCCCCCCGGGGGGCGACGGGAAAGACGAGAAGGACAAGAAAAAGGAAAAGCCAAAGUACGAACCUCCUCCACAGCCCACGACUAGAAUCGGGCGUAAGAAACGUAAGGCUGCUGGCCCCAAUGCCGCUGCCAAACUCCCUACGAUAUUCCCGACUUCACGGUGCAAACUGCGAUACCUCCGAAUGCAGCGGGUCCACGAUCAUUUGAUAUUGGAAGAGGAGUAUGUCGAGAAUCAGGAACGUCUCCGCAAGACGAAGGCUCAAGCGUCGGCGGCGCCCUCGGCCAGUGAUGACUUUGAUGCUUUGGAUCGAAAUGCGGAUGAGAGGAGCCGCGUCGAUGAUAUGAGAGGGAGCCCGAUGAGCGUUGGCAAUCUCGAGGAGAUGAUCGAUGACGAUCAUGCAAUCAUCUCUAGCGCCACGGGUCCCGAGUACUACGUGUCUAUCAUGUCUUUCGUGGACAAGGACCUACUUGAGCCUGGCGCCAGCAUCCUCCUACAUCACAAAUCGGUAUCGGUUGUUGGCGUGUUGACCGAUGACGCGGAUCCUCUGGUGUCUGUUAUGAAAUUGGACAAAGCACCCACAGAAUCGUACGCAGAUAUUGGAGGGUUGGAGUCGCAGAUUCAAGAGGUUCGAGAAGCCGUUGAGUUACCGUUACUACACCCAGAGCUAUACGAGGAGAUGGGUAUCAAGCCCCCGAAAGGUGUCAUUCUCUAUGGAGGACCAGGCACAGGAAAGACCCUACUUGCCAAAGCUGUCGCCAACCAAACCAGUGCUACCUUCCUUCGUAUUGUUGGUAGCGAGUUGAUUCAGAAAUACCUUGGUGAUGGUCCACGGUUAGUCCGUCAAAUUUUCCAGGUUGCUGCAGAGCACGCCCCGUCUAUCGUGUUCAUUGAUGAAAUCGAUGCCAUCGGAACAAAGCGUUACGAAUCCACUUCCGGUGGCGAGCGGGAAGUUCAACGUACCAUGUUAGAACUUCUUAAUCAGCUUGAUGGGUUCGAUGACCGUGGCGAUGUAAAGGUCAUCAUGGCCACCAAUAAAAUCGAGACUUUAGACCCGGCCUUGAUUCGACCUGGCCGUAUCGACCGCAAGAUUCUUUUCGAAAACCCAGAUCAAAACACCAAAAAGAAGAUUUUUGCUCUCCAUACGUCCAAAAUGUCUCUCAGCGACGACGUAGAUCUGGAUGAGUUCAUUAGUCAAAAGGACGACCUUUCUGGCGCGGAUAUCAAAGCUAUCUGCUCUGAGGCAGGGUUGAUGGCUCUCCGAGAGCGGCGAAUGCGAGUUCAAAUGGCGGACUUUAGAGCUGCUAGGGAGCGCGUGAUGAAGACGAAGAGUGAGAACGAGCCUGAGGGCCUCUACUUGUAGAAGGGGCUUGCGACUUGUGCAUAUUCGCGGUGUACACUAGUGCAUUUAGCUGCUUCUGAUGCUUAGCGACAUCCACAUAGUUAUUAAAUCCUGAA